GGAGAAGAACAGAGACAAGGAAAGGGAGAAGGAGAGUGAGAGUCGGCAGCGCAGGUCGCGGUGGGAUGUGCGCGUGGCGGACGAGCGCAUGGACGAGCAGCUAGACAGCCGAGAGUACAAAGCAACUGCGGCUCAAUCCGAGCCCCAAAUAGACGAGACUGAUGAGUCCUCGCUCUUUAUCGCCCGCUCGGUGCUAGUUGCCGGCCUCUCCCCCAUAUAGCCCGCUCCGAUAUGCUCCCAGAGGCCAGGGGCGGUGGUGCGGGCAGCAGCAGCAGUGGGAAGCAGAAAGUUCGGCUGAGGUUCGGAUUCCGGACCUCGGAGGGCCGGGUGUGGAUUCACCCGACGGGGGUGAUACCACAGCAGGGCAAGGCAUUGGACGAUGGGGGGGUGCAUUUUCUCACCUUCAACGAGCGUGUUCAGACAUCUCAGGUGUUCAUCCGAGGCUGCACGCUCAUCCCAGCUCUUUCCAUCGUCCUAUUUGGGGGGCCGAUUUACCUUGCUCCUGCCCCAGGCCCGUUUCUACCCCUGGGUGGGUCGUUCUCGUCUGGUAACCUGUACCCUGCUAGUGGUUAUGGGUUUUCCUCCACGUCCUCCUCCCAGCCUGUGCUGCUCGUUGUGGACCGUUGGAUCGAGUUCGUGGUGGAUCGGCAUGUGGGCGAGCUGCUUCUGCAGCUCAGAGCUGUGCUGGAUUCUAUUCUGGGGCGGUGGGUGGCGGGAGGGCCGCGGCCGGCCAAUGAGAGGCGAGUGGUGGGGUGCGCAGUGCGGCUUCUGGAGCAAGCGGGGAGAGCAGCAGUGAAGGAGUUGGAAAUUGCGGAGAAAAGCACUGCUGCUGCUGGUAUGGGUGGUGUUAGGGCAUCGGCUGGGGCUGCUGCUGCUGGAGGUCGAGUGAUCGAUGAUGGUGAUCGGUGGAUGUCAGGAGGAGGUGAUGCUGGUGGGGGCGAUUGGAGGGGUGGAGGUGGUGGUGGUGGGGGGAUUGGAGGAGUGGAGUGGUGGUGGUGGUCGCAAUGAGCCGAGUCCUCAUGGGUAUAGACGUUCAAGUGGAGGUGGCAGUUGGGGUGGUGGAGGGUAUGGGGAUCGAGCCUCCAGGGAUGCGACUGGGUACCAUAGGUAGCUCAUAGAAUUUUGUUGCAGACAUGGCAUGUGCAUGAUAUUUCACAGUACGAAUUGCCUCUUGAGUUGCCCUUUAUGUGUAGACAUGGCAUGCUAAUGUUCGUCAAAUUGUUCGGUUC